AUGAAGGAAUGCGGAUGGCAAGAGAGAGUGGCGCUUAGGAGGGAACUUAGCGAGGGAAGCAGCAGCAGUCGUUCCAAGGUGCAUCAGGAGGCUGCUCCUCCCAUUGUGACCCGCGCAGCAGUUGGACUCCCAUUGCCGGCACUCCAAGCCACCACCCUCCCAGCAGCAGCGAGACUCCCACCAGCAGCCCUCCCAGCAGCACAGAGACUCCCACCAGCAGCCCUCCCAGCAGCACAGAGACUCCCACCAGCAGCCCUCCCAGCAGCAGCGAGACUCCCACCAGCAGCCCUCCCAGCAGCACAGAGACUCCCACCAGCAGCCCUCCCAGCAGCACAGAGACUCCCACCAGCAGCCCUCCCAGCAGCACAGAGACUCCCACCAGCAGCCCUCCCAGCAGCAGCGAGACUCCCACCAGCAGCCCUCCCAGCAGCAGCGAGACUCCCACCAGCAGCCCUCCCAGCAGCAGCGAGACUCCCACCAGCAGCCCUCCCAGCAGCAGCGAGACUCCCACCAGCAGCCCUCCCAGCAGCAGCGAGACUCCCACCAGCAGCCCUCCCAGCAGCAGCGAGACUCCCACCAGCAGCCCUCCCAGCAGCAGCGAGACUCCCACCAGCAGCCCUCCCAGCAGCACAGAGACUCCCACCAGCAGCCCUCCCAGCAGCACAGAGACUCCCACCAGCAGCCCUCCCAGCAGCAGCGAGACUCCCACCAGCAGCCCUCCCAGCAGCAGCGAGACUCCCACCAGCAGCCCUCCCAGCAGCAGCGAGACUCCCACCAGCAGCCCUCCCAGCAGCACAGAGACUCCCACCAGCAGCCCUCCCAGCAGCAGCGAGACUCCCACCAGCAGCCCUCCCAGCAGCACAGAGACUCCCACCAGCAGCCCUCCCAGCAGCAGCGAGACUCCCACCAGCAGCCCUCCCAGCAGCAGCGAGACUCCCACCAGCAGCCCUCCCAGCAGCAGCGAGACUCCCACCAGCAGCCCUCCCAGCAGCAGCGAGACUCCCACCAGCAGCCCUCCCAGCAGCAGCGAGACUCCCACCAGCAGCCCUCCCAGCAGCAGCGAGACUCCCACCAGCAGCCCUCCCAGCAGCACAGAGACUCCCACCAGCAGCCCUCCCAGCAGCAGCGAGACUCCCACCAGCAGCCCUCCCAGCAGCACAGAGACUCCCACCAGCAGCCCUCCCAGCAGCAGCGAGACUCCCACCAGCAGCCCUCCCAGCAGCACAGAGACUCCCAUCACCCGCACUCCCAGCUGCCCGUGAGGGAGUGGCGUGCGGUGGGGUGGUUGAGCGUCAUGAUGCAUUCGCCUUCGCCUUCGCAUUCGCAUUCGCCUUCCCCUUCACCUUCCCCUUCACCUUCCCCUUCGCCUUCCCCUUCGCCUUCCCCUUCGCCUUCCCCUUCGCUUUCCCGUCUGCAGCAACCUCAGCAACGUCCCUCAUGAUCGUCGUCGCGGAUCGUCGUCGCAGAUCGUCGUCGCAGAUCGUCGUCGCAGAUCGUCGUCGCAGAUCGUCGUCGCAGAUCGUCGUCGCAUAUCGUCGUCGCAUGUCGUCGUCGCAGAUCGUCAUCGCAUAUCGUCGUCGCAUAUCGUCGUCGCAGAUCGUCGUCGCAGAUCGUCGUCGCAUAUCGUCGUCGCGGAUCGUCGACGCUCAUAAAAAAACGCCAUCGCGGUCGUCGACCUUGGAAUAUCCGCCUCGAUCGUCGACGUCAAAACUCCCGUCUCAGUACUAA